UACUUGUCUGAAGAGUCUUCUUUAUAAUAAAUUAACCCUUUCUCCAUGUAACUUCCACCCAUUGCCGCUUGGAGUUAUGCGAAGACAAAAGGGAAGAUGAAGGACCGACUUCAAGAACUAAAACAACGAACAAAAGAACUUGAACUCUCUAGAGACAGGCAUGUGCCAGCUACAGAAGCAGAGGAACAAGGAAUGUUUCUGCAGCAAGCUGUCAUUUAUGAAAGAGAGCCUGUAGCGGAAAGACACCUGCAUGAGAUCCAAAAGCUACAGGAGAGCAUUACCAGUUUGACAGAUGGUGUUCAAAAAUUUGGGCAGCAACAGAAGAGUCUGGUGGCUUCAAUGAGAAGGUUUAGUCUACUUAAGAAAGAGUCUAGUAUUACGAAAGAGAUAAAAAUCCAAGCAGAACACAUUAUGAGAGGUUUGGAUAAUUUAGUAAAAGAAGCAAAAAAAUCAGAGGCUGAAAAUGGUCCAUCAUCAGUGGUCACAAGGAUACUUAAAUCUCAGCAUGCUGCAAUGUUCCGCCAUUUUCAGCAAACUAUGUUUAUAUACAAUGACACAAUAGCAACAAAGCAAGAGAAGUGCAAGACAUUCAUUUUCCGUCAGCUUGAAGUUGCUGGAAAAGAAGUACCAGAAGAAGAAGUAAAUGAUAUGCUUCAGCAAGGAAAAUGGGAAGUGUUUAAUGAAAGCUUGCUUACAGAAAUCAACAUCACUAAAGCACAACUCUCAGAGAUAGAACAGAGACACAAGGAACUUGUUAAUUUGGAAAAUCAAAUAAAGGAUUUAAGGGAGCUUUUCAUUCAGAUAUCUCUCUUAGUAGAGGAACAAGGAGAGAGCAUCAACAAUAUUGAAAUGGUAGUGAAUGGUACAAAAGAGUAUGUUAACACCACUAAAGAGAAAUUUGGGCUAGCUGUAAAAUACAAAAAGAGAAAUCCUUGCAGGGUACUGUGUUGUUGGUGUUGUCCAUGGUGUGGCUCAAAAUAGAGAAGCUGUUUUAGAAAUUUUUCCAGCUUUAGAAUAAAGGAUAUCUUGUAUUUUAGUGUUUUUCUUCCUUUCACAGAUUAAUUCACAUACUUUUCACCACUAUUGAGUCAGCAUUUCCCCCUUUAGCUCUCACCCACUAGAAUUACAUAAACUUCUGAAGCCAGUGACAUAAAAUGUCUUCAUUUACUAAACUAAAAAUAGUAUAAUUAG